UUCCUAAGCUAACUUUUGUGAUUUGGAUAUAAACCUGAGAUUAUCUUUGAAUCUUUGUUUCAGUUAUUUUCAAUAAUAAUAUUUGGCUGCAUAUCCUCACAAGGUUGGAGAAUGGAUAUGAAGAGUAAAAAGCAAGUUUGUCUUUAUAAUGAAGAUGCCAAUGCUUGCAACUAUGGGGUUGGAAUAAGUGUCAUUGCAUUCCUUGCUAGCAUGGCCUUUUUGGCAGGAGAAUAUUUGUUUGAGCAAAUGUCAUCUGUCAAAACUAGGAAGCAUUUUGUUUUGGCUGACUUGGGAUUUUCAGGUUUUUGGGCAUUCUUGUAUUUCGUGGGCUUCUGUUAUCUGACUAACCAGUGGAGCAAUUCAGAUACUCCUACAAAUGGUAUUGGUGUUAGCAACGUACAGGCUGCUAUUGCAUUCUCGUUCUUCUCCAUAUUCACUUGGGCUGGUUCCGCAUUUUUUGCAUUUCAACGUUUCCGUCAAGGCGUAGGGGCAGCAUUCACAACAAAUUACGAGACGGAUGCAAACAUGCCUCCUUCGUACCCAUCUUAUCCUGGAGGUCCAGAGUCUGACCAGCCCUACCAAGAGCCGCCUUUCUCCACUGGAUCCAAUCAAAGAGGUCCAGCUGAUUUUCAGGCACCGGCUUAUUGA